AUGGCCGAUUUCACACAACAAGGGUUCCAGUCGACAUCCAAAAGGUCGUACAGUGAAUAUCUAGCCGAUAAUAUUCCAACACAGCCAAGUAAUUCUGAGAUUCAGCACCAGGAUACCAACCUUAUCAACAGUUAUCCAGAGACUUGGGAGAUUGAUAGAAGUAUACCCGCCUCGGACUUUGCAACACGGACUGGGCAGCCACAACUGCUUCCAUAUGGGUUCAGUAAUACCCCUCUCCAAACUCCCUACAUUGGUGGUAACCCUCACUACAACUACGAAGGCGAUUACGGGCACCAUAUUCAGCAGCCAUUGGUUCCCCAAACAGCCUUUGCCACGCCCGCUUGCAUCUUUCCAAGCGAUCCAAUGCCUGGAAAUCUGCAACAGUAUCAUGUCAUCCACCAGCAAGAUGUCUGGAUGAAUCAGCAAAAUCACCAAGCUCUCAUAGAACCCCCCCUGAAAUUUGAAGCAGUCAGCUACCCCCAGCCUCCUCCCGAGCCAGAACUCAUAUGCUUUGGCAUGGUUUGUCAACCUCAUAAUACAAUAAGCCGUCAUACACUAAACAAGCGGCAGAUCAAAGGCUUAUCUGCCCGAUAUCGGCCUUCCUUUAACUGUUCUCUUUCUGAGUUUAGCGUUAAGCUUUUAGAUGUUGAGAACUUUAUUGGCUCUGACGACACUUCAAUAGAAGGGAAGCUCAACUACGAAUUCACCCACUUGACAAGCGCUCUAUUCGGUCAGAGUGAGCUUGUGCUAGAAAUCAAUUGUUCGACUUUAGAUAAUCCUUCCAAGCCAGGACCACAGAUGCCAGGAAAGCGUAUUCCAGGCUACUCGUCACAAUGCGCUUUAGACAUUAUUAUUUACGGACCUCCAGAUCUAUGCCAGGAUGUCGGCUCCUUCUUCGAAGAAUACGACCUUUAUCUACAGGAUCCGGUAAACUGUAAGCAAAAUGUCAGAUACAGUAACCCCCACAGAUUAUCAGUCAAUCCAAGCGAUGUUAAGUAUACAUUUGAUUUGGGCAAGUCAACUGCACCAUUGGCCACUACAAUUGAUAUCAAUGAUGAUCUGGAGCUACUUGAUAUCAUCUUUUCGCACCAAGAUCUUGCAGAAGCGACACAACCAAGAUCGAUCAGAACACCUUUGCAGCCCCAUCAAAAGCAAGCUUUGACAUUUCUACUUCAAAGGGAGUGUGGUUGGGCAUGGGAUGGGUGUCGUACUGACAUAUGGGAAGUGAGGGAUAAUGGCCAUGAGUCAUACUUCUACAACACAGUUUCGGGCGCCAUGCAAGUUGAACAACCACCUCAGUUUUAUGGAGGAAUAGUUGCCGAUCCAAUGGGUUUGGGCAAGACACUCAGUAUGAUCGCAUUGGUAGCAUGCGAUGUCCGCGCGGAGGACAUUGAGCCAUCUUCACUUCCCGGUGUAGACAUUGAAGUCUCCUCGGGCAAAACACUGAUUAUUGUUCCUGCACCAUUGAUGGGGUCCUGGGAAGAACAGCUUCAGAGACAUUGCUUCCCGAACAGUCUACCAUGGCGUUGCCAUCAUAACCAGUCUCGCUUAAGAGUGGCUUCAGACUUAGAUCAAGUAGCGAUCGUCUUAACAACAUACCACACAGUAAUGACAGAAUGGAAGAAGGGCAAAGAGACAGACCAAUCAAUAAUCUUCUCAACAAAAUGGAAAAGGGUCAUUCUCGAUGAAGCUCAUUACAUUCGAAACACCAACUCGCAACUCUCUCGCGCCAUAUGCAGUCUUGAUUCUGUGUCCAGGUGGGCUGUAACUGGAACACCCAUACAAAAUAGGCUGUCUGAUCUCACGGCUCUAUUAAAAUUCCUGCGUGUUCACCCAUAUUCUGAGAAGAGACAUUUUGAUGCUGACAUCUCAAGUCUCUGGAAGUCCGGUAACGCUGAAAAGGCAGUUCAACGGUUAAAGAGGAUUGCUAGUUGUCUCCUGCUCCGGCGUCCAAAAGAAGUUAUUCAAUUACCUCCAAUUCAUAAUCUGCAGCUCCAAGUGGAAUUUACGACGGCCGAGCGACAACUGUACGAGGAUGUCAGAUUGCAAGUACUUUCUCAGCUCAACGACUCAGCUCCCACAUCUUUCAAGUCCCUGCAGCCAAAUUUCUUCAUCAACAUUCUGCAGAAGAUCGAGGCCAUGCGCAUGAUAUGCAACCUCGGUCUUCAUUAUUAUUUGCGACACGAGAAGCCAUCCGUCCAGGUAUCAGUUGAUGAUUGGCAAUCAGAAGCUCAGAAAGCGUUCAACCUUAGACGCGAAGAGGGCGCCAUUCAGUGUCAUCUAUGUGGUCUAAGCCUCGAAGAAAUGGAAAGUCUUGUAGACGAGGGAGUGCAGGUUGGGAAUCCCUGGUUCUCCCGAUGUCUUGCAUUCCUAUGUCCGGUCUGUUCUCAAAGUGAGACUAACCGAGAGAACUUCUGUCCUCAUAAGCCAAAAUGCUGUAUCGCCGCGGUCACAACAGGCACCUCAUUCUCAGAAUUAUCUAUGAGUAUACCAAGUUUUUCUCAUGAAAUACCCUCCAAGGUAGCAAUGUUGCUGUGCGAUCUUAGAAAGCAAUCUCCAAAAACUAAAUGCGUCGUUUUCUCUUCAUGGAGGACUACACUCAAUGUUAUCCAGGCCAGUCUUGAUCAUGAGUCUAUUCCAUGUCUGAGAUUUGAUGGCACUGUUACGCAGAAGGAGAGACACAGCGUUAUCGAGAGAUUUCGUAAUGACCCUCAGAUUAGGGUUCUACUGUUAACCUUGACGUGUGGUGCAGUUGGGUUAGCCAUUUAUGGAUCUUUGUCCCUAGGUUGUUACGCUAACGUUCCUGUGAACAGGCUUACAUUGACGGAAGCUUCCCGAGCUUAUUUAAUGGAGCCAAGCUGGAAUCCAACGCUGGAAGACCAGGCGCUGGCAAGAAUUCACCGGAUUGGACAAACCCAAGAAGUGACUACAUUGAGGAUGUUUGUGCAAAACUCCUUCGAGGAGAGAAUUAUAGAGGCACAAGCCUCAAAACGAGACCUAGCACGGAUCCUUCUUAAUCCCGCCAAUGGUGAUGAAAACAGAACCGAGUCUGGUUUGAACCGUUUGGAGUUCCUGCGCCGUUUAGUUUAG